AAUUCCUGGGUCCGCCACUGGUGUUGUAAGGUCUUCAACUCUUGUCAAUCCUUAUUAGAUUUGCAGUUUGCCUUGUCGUUGCCUACUCUGCUCUCCCAAUUUUUUCUCUUAUCUAACUCCCUGUCGACUUUAUUUUUCAGGGGAAUUCAUAUUGUUUAGCAAUGAACUCUUUAAAGAUAAUUGCAAGAACAACAGUGGCAGCUGUUCAUUAUCCUGCCUUCAAGAUUAAGCCUUAUUGUUCGGUGUCAUCGACUGGUUCAGGUCCAGCCAACAAUAAGCUGUUUGUAGCCGGAUUGUCAUGGUCAGUUGAUGAGAGGUCUUUGUUGGAUGCUUUUUCCAAUUUCGGAGAGGUGACAGAAGUUAGGAUAAUGUAUGAUAAGGUUACCGGAAGGUCUAGAGGUUUUGGAUUUGUUAACUUUGCGAAAGAUGAGGAGGCUAUAUCUGCUAAAGAUGCUAUGGAUGGUAAAGCGUUUUUAGGUCGUCCAAUGAGGAUUAGUUUUGCUCUUGAAAAGGUUAGAGGAGCCCCAAUUGUUGUACCUCGUAUUCGUAACAUUGAAGCGGCCUCUAGAGACGAGAAAUGAAGAGCCCAUGGGAAACAAACCUGCCAAACAGAAACAAGAGAGGGAUGAACUUCUUUUGAAGAAUCCGCCACCUAUCGACCCUGUUUUUGGCCGUUGGCUUGCUCGUGAUAUUCAGAGUGUAGAGGGUUACGCUUUAAAAAAUUUGAAAAAGUUGACACCACCAGAUCAUUACAUCGAGUUCAUGCGAUUGUAUGGAUGGUUGGACCUGGAUUUAGACGACCCGGAUUUGGCUCAUUUGUUCAAGUGAAAACCCAUCCAGGCCUAGCAUAUAUUUGAUGUGUUUGUAUUAUUGUAUAUGAUUAAUCUUGUGAGAUGAACAUUGUACUCAAAUCUGAUAGGCAUGUUUGGUUGUGUAUGUUAAGAGUAAUCAAAUAUGAUC